UGGGGACUACACUUCCGGUGUUAUUUAACGAAGAAACCGCUGUACAUGCUCCUGGCCAUGAUAUAAAGAAACUUUUUGAUUUGAAGUUGUCCUUUGAAGCUUCUUCGUGUGGCCCCACCUGCUACCCCAACUUGAUCCGUUGGCACAAAUCUAAACAUGACGGAGCCACGCAACCCCAGUAUGUCCUCCAUCCCUCAGACGGGCCCUGCACACACAGACUCCAGCUCACCUGCUGUAGAGAUGGACCCAGUGGAGUACACUCUAAGGAAGCGUCUUCCCCGGAAGCUCCCAAAAAGACGCAAUGACGUCUACGUCAACAUGAAGACGGACUUCCGGGCUCAGCUGGCACGCUGUCAGAAGCUUCUGGAAGGUGGGGGUCACAGAGAGAUCUGUGUUCACGGCUUGGGCCUGGCCAUCAACCGGGCUAUUAACAUUGCCCUUCAGCUGCAGGCCAGCAGUCAGGGGGCGCUACAGCUGGCAGCCAACACCUCCACAGUGGAGCUUGUGGACGACCUGGAGCCCGAAGACCCGGACGAGGCCGGAGAGCCGAUGACGCGUACACGUAACAAUUCAGCCAUUCACAUAAAGGUGUUCUACCCCGACGCUCAGUGACCAAUCAAAAGGCUUCCUGUGGAUCAGCCUGAGAUUCUCCAUUAGCCCUCAGGCCCUGUUUUUUUUCCUCUUUAACCAGUAGAUCACAAAACAUUGAGUUUAUGUGGAGAGCCACCUUUGCUAUUCUUGUGUUAUAUACAUUUUUCAGUCUGCAUGCUUUGGAACAAAAAUAGUGUGCACUAUAAUUUAUAAGUAUGUGGCUGUGCCAAUUUUCUUUAUGUGUAUAAUGUUUGUGUGUUCAGGUUUUAAAGAUGCCGAUAAGAAAGCAGCAAACAGGUGUUAUUGUUGUAAAUGUCCACUAGAUGGCAGUAGCAGCUACAAUAAACAUGCCAGGACGUUGUUCCUCUGCAGACUAACUUCUAUAGCUCCAUCACAACAGUGUUUUGUCAAAUUGUUUACAGUGUGAGUUCAGCUGAGGGUCACUGAGACGUAGACUCUGUUUAAAUGUGAUUUGUGUCUCUGAACUGCUGCUCAAAAUGUAUAUAAUGGACGCUGGAUUGUUUGAAAUCUGGGUAAAAAUAAAAACUUGCCAGAGUGUAUCUUUCUUUAACUAUCAUCUUUGUAUCAGUGA